AAACAACAUGUCGCGUUCAACGGGUGCAGGACACUUCUUUCAGACAACCUCGGCGCUCAAUGAAUCAGCCCGCAAAGCCACCAAAUCGAAGAACACCAAGGGCAACCCCGUCAAGCUUCAGUCCAAAAUUCUCGCCGCCGCCGCAGACCCGCAUGAUAGCGCGCAGGUCUACGUGGCUGAAGCCGCCGGCAAUGUGAAGAGGAUAAACCUUGAAACCACUAACGUAUUCGCGACAUUCUCGGGUCCUGCCGCGCCUCUUACCUCCGUCGCGGUCUCUACGAAAUCGGAUACUGUGUUCGCCGGUUGCUGGGACAAGACAAUCUGGUCAUGGUCGAUCUCGACGCGGAAGCUGGGCCGGAGGUUUCACGGACAUAGCGACUUCGUGAAGGCGCUGCUGGUAUUUGCGCUGCAAGGCAAGGAGCUUCUGCUGUCUGGCUCCGCCGACACGACCAUCAUCGUCUGGGAUGCUGCCACUGGAGAGAAACUGCACACGCUGAAGGGGCAUACACGAGGCAUCCUCGCACUCGCGCUCGAUCCCGCGGAGUACGCGCCUACCAAAGAUCGUGUCGUCGUGUUCAGUGCGGGGAGUGAUCGCGAGAUUCGAAGGUGGAGCAUUGGGCUGUCCUCGGCCACGGAGAUUCAAGACUCGCACUCCCCAAUUAUCGCACACGAGACGAAUGUGGAUGCGAUUCACUUCGAUUCCGACGACGAUCUCUGGACAGCCUCAGCCGACCGCACAGCGAAGUGCCUCUCAAGGGCCAGAAAUUGGAAGGAAGACUCUCGCUUCGAACAUCCCGACUACGUGCGCGACGUCGUCAUUGACGAGGAGGGCGGAUGGGUAGUCACGGCCUGCAGAGACGAAGAAGUGAGAGUAUGGGAGAGAGGCAGCGGGAAGUUAUAUCACACCUUCUCCGGCCACUUCGAAGAGGUUACAGGUCUCGUGUUGAUGCCAGGGCAGAAAGUGGUCAGUGUUAGCAUCGACGGGACCGUCAGGCAGUGGAGUCUGAAGGCGCCAGAUCUGGCGGAGGCGAUCAAAGAGGCGGAGGAUGAGAGAUUAGGGAAGACGAAGGAAAGUGAGCCAGAGAAGAAUGAGAACGUGAUGACGGCCGAAGAGGAGGCGGAGCUAGCGGCAUUGAUGGAGGACAGCGAGUAGACGCCGCCGCAGGCAAUGGCCUAGCGAAGUAUCCAACUUCCCUCCUCCACCCCACUUCCUCUACUUCCAUCCAUCUCAUUUCUUUAAGGCUCCUCAACAUGGAUGCACUGCUCAGCCACUCCAGUGUUUCUGCGAACGUCGCAGCACCGUACUUGACCCAGCAGGCCUUCGAUGUGCA